AUGACGUGUGAAAUAUUUGACAAAAUAACCUUAAAGAGAGUGGAAACAUUGGAGGAGCUGGAAUCCUUGAAAGUGGAUAAGUUGCCAGUGCCAGAUGGAUUGUUCCCUAAGAUGUUGAAGGAUGUCAGGAAGGAAAAGGAGGCCGGAGUGCUGCGCUGGCAGGAGUCUCACUUGGCAUUCUCUCCAGUUUCUCACAGCUGCUUUCAAUCUGGGGAGCAAACAGGAAGAACUGCGUUAAGAAAAUCAUAUCAGAUACCUACCUCACCAGAAGAGCUACCCAACACAUUCCUACGGCGUCAGAGACGUUAUGCCAUUAACCCUUUACUGCACAAAUGGGACCACUUCAACAUCACCUACAAGAUUGUGCAGUUUCCAAGCACUCUGAAUAAACAUGACACCAGGAAGGCCAUUGCCAUAGCGUUUGUAAUGUGGAGUGAUGUGUCACCUUUGACUUUCACAGAGGUGCCACCAAAGAAGGAUGCAGAUAUCAAAAUCGGGUUUUACACGUUUAAUCACACUGACUGCUGGUUUGCUCCACUUCAUCCUUGCUUCGAUGGCCUCAAUGGUGAGCUCGGUCAUGCUUUCCUGCCACCACUUGGUGAGAUUCACUUCGACAACCAUGAGUUCUGGAUCCUGGGGAAGUCCCGGUUCAGCUGGAAACAAGGUGUUUGGCUCAAUGAUUUGGUGCAGGUAGCAGCUCACGAAAUUGGGCAUGCACUUGGGCUGAUGCACUCCCGCAAUACGAGUGCAUUGAUGCAUCCCAAUGCAACCUUUACAGGACAGCGAAGGAUCACACAGGAUGACAUCUGGGGAAUCCAGAGAUUGUACGGAUGCAUUGAUAAGAAGAGGCUAUGCGAUCCCUGGGCUCGUCUUGGAUUCUGUGAAAAACGACGCUCUUUCAUGAAGAAGCAUUGCCCUAAAGUGUGUGACCUGUGUUUUGAACCACCAGAUACAGCAGUUACGACCACUUCUCUCCCUCGGAAUAUCAGGAUGAAAUAUGUGUCCAAAGGACGUAUAGUGACCUUCAGAUGUGGAAAAACUCUCUCACGUGCAACUCCUCUCAAUGUCAGUUGGUACAAGGAUGGAGAAUUAUUGGCCAGUUCAGUGCCUGGAUACUUCAUUGUGAAAAACCAGGAUCUCAGCAUUGUAGCAAACGAGUUUAAUGAGGGGCUGUACACAUGCCAAAUCCGACAGAAAACAUUGACGAUUCAGGCCAAUUCUUGGUGGAUCAGAGUCAAGGAAGACAAUGAUAUUGAUAAGCCACAAGGUCUCAACUCCCACUCGGGAUGAGUGAGAGUGAAAUUGAUCCAAACCAUUGUAAACAUGUAAAGAUGAUCAGGGAGGCCAAUGACCUAGUUAUAAACAAUUGUUUGACAAUGUCAUUGGACAGUCACUCAACCAACAUCAGCGACUGCCCAACCAGAUGGUCAUGGAUUUGAGUCAUGCUGUUAACUGAAACUGUACAUUUAAUCAGCUUCAUAUGAAUUCCCUGAGAUUGUUGGUGAGCACUGUGUAUGAGGAAAACAUUCCCAUUUGGAAAGGGGAGAGCAACACAUUCUGUCUGCUUUGCAAUGGGGUGAGUGCAAAGCCAAGUCAAAGAAACAUAGAAAAUAGCUGCAGGAGUAGGCCAUUUGGCCCUUCGAGCCUGCAUCACCAUUCAGUAUGACCAUGGCUGAUCACGCAAUCUCAGUAUCCCAUUCCCACUUUCACUCCAUAUCCUUUGUUCCCUUUAGCUGCAAGCACCACCUCCAGCUCCCUCGUGAAUAUAUCUAAUGAACUGGCCCCACCAGCUUCCUGCAGGAGAGAAUUCCACAGGUUCACAACUUUGAGUGAAGAAAUUCUUCUUCAUCUCCAUCCUGAAUAGCUUACCCCUUAUUCUUAGACUGUGAAUCCCUUGUUCUGGACUUUCGCAACAUCGGGAAUAUUCUUUCCUCAUCUAGCCUGUCCAGUCCCAUCAGGAUUUUGUGUUUCUACACAAUCCCCCCUCAUUCUUCUGAAUUCCAGUGAAUACAAGUCAAAUCGAUCCAGUCUUUCCUCAUAUGGCUGUCCUGCCAUUCUGGGAAUCAGUCUGGUGCACAGUCAAUCUUCAUGAAGACUGAUGUAUCCUGACCUCAAUUCCCUUCUCUUGAACUGGGAAAGGGAGAAUAGAAGAUUCUGUGAAAUAGGAAUGUGAAAAAGGGAAUUUUUCAGGUUUUACACUUUCAUAUGUUAUCACACAAGAAUUAGUCUCAGAGUCACACAGCAUAGAACAGACCCUUUUAGCUAUUGAGCAAAUGAAGAAUCAGCAAACUCUCAUAUUCCUUCAGAAAUUGCAAGAUUAAAUUAGAUGACAAGUUUACAUGAUGGAUCCGGCUCACUUUUCUGCCCUAAAUGACGGGAAAAAAUUUACAGUUCCAUUAUAGAUGUCCACCUUUAUUUCUACACUUUAACCGUACAAUAUACAGUGAGAAAUAUGACCCAUGUGUUCAGAGGUGAAGUGAGAGGACUGUUCCAACACCUCUUUGUUCAUUUCCUCAUUCAGCCAUAUCACCACAGAUAAGCAGCAAUGCAGAAUGAGUGUGGUCACUCAUGUAACUGUGCCAUUUCAUUAAUAAACAUCAACUUGCACUGAAACAAUAAAUCAUUUGUGGAAGGGCAUUUAGACAUGGAUAAUGAAUGUUCACCACACAAGUAUCAGCCAUUUCACAUGAAUCAAGAUUAAACAAAAGUAAGUACAGAAGAUACUGGUAAUCACUUGGGUGUGCUCUCAGCCAUGUUCAAGAAUCCCAACCCUAACAUCUGUCCAGUCAAAUGACCCAUUGUUUCAUAGGUAAAUGCUGUGGAAAGAAAGGGAGAUUGGUCUAAAGUCUCAUUCAAGGAAAAAGUAUUUCAAUGUUAUACAAGAGUGUCAGCCUAGGUUAUGGGUUUCAGUCGCUGGAGUGACAUUUGAAAACAAACCCUUCUGAUUUUUGAUUCAAUGAUGUAGCCAAUGUGUCCGAACUGGUUGAAUGGGGGAAAUCAAUGGAUUUGUGACUUUUUCUCUCCCUGACAAAGGAUCUUUGCCAGCAAUGGUCCCUUCACUGAUAUUCCCUAACGAGUUUGUAAUCCUGUAAUGUUUUAGCCACCAACCACAGGUGACAAAUUGUAUUUCUCAUUCAUAAAUAAAAACAAUGCGUAACUGACCUUGGCUCAGGGCUAUGAUCA